AUGGAAGGAGGCGCUAACAUCUUUCGAUCCUCACACGAAGUCGUGAGGAGUGCUUCGUUGGACCUCCUCACGGCCACGAAUAAUGGAAAAGUGACGAGUGGGGCUAACAAAGUUGUAAAAGCAGUUCUGAUCCUGACAUUUGCAGCACUUGCUCUCUGGCAGGUGGCGAUCCAGGUAGAAGAAUAUCUGUCCCACCCUAGCCAAACGCUGUACACGAUGGAAACUGCAGACAAGAUCCAGACCCCAGCAUUCACAUUCUGCCCCAAGCCGUCAGUGCGAUCCUCCCCACAGGGCGCCGACGACCUGUCAAUCGAUUUGUCUGCGCAAGGGAGCAGGUCGAGGAACACCACCAUGGCCGAGGAUUUCAAGAAUGUCUCCGUCUCGUUGCUGGACGUGCUCAACUUCUCCCCGAUCCGGCUCAGAGAUGGUAAGAAAACAAUCGAGGAGAAAGUCACAUCCGUCAAGGGGGAAACCGUUCACGUCCUCGAUUCUGGAACCUGGAGAGAGCGAACAUUUUCACUAGCUCAUGAAGGAAACGUUAUCAAUCUACGUGGUCCAUAUUAUUACAAGUGCUUCACCCUGCUACCGGAGAGAAGAGUGGUUGCCGGAUCUGUAUCUUGCUCUAGUACCUCCUUCCUCUUGGAUUUCAGACAAAUCAACACAGCUUUCACGAGUACACCACUAAUCGAAAUGUACAUCCAUGACCGAAAGGAGAAAUUCACCUUCUUGAGCAUGACUUCAGCCAAAUUAUUGCUGCUGCGCAACAAUACCAUGACAAGCAUCUUCAGUCGCCCUGAGAUCAUCCAUCGACAAAGCCGGAUGAAGGACCCCUGCAUUCCGGACGAGGACUACAGCUACUCGAGAUGCAUGGAGAUCUGCUUUUGGGAAAGAUUCUAUUCAAGCCCUGGCGUCCCAUGUGUCGUCCCUUCCCUCUUACCCGUGGAAGCGACUAUCACGAAGCCGGAAUGCCAAAAUGCAGACAGCGAAAUGAACCACACGAGGAGACUGUGGGAAGCCCGUCGAGAACCACUCGUCUCCCAACUGCUGAACGAUUGCGACUGUACAAAAAGAUGCGACACGAUCGAAUACCACAUAUUUCCAGAUCCGACUUCGAUCUGCCAGAGUAUGAGGGAGGGAAUAGCCAUGCUCCACUUCAACUUCCCUUCGAAACUGGUCCCUCACAUCCUGGAGAAGGAGCUGUUGACUUCUCGAGAUCUGCUGGUCAGUAUUGGAGGAAUCGUGGGCAUAUUCCUUUGUGUGUCCCUUUUUACUAUCACAGCCAUCGAUCUGAUUUGCUGCGGAAUUUGCUUCAAGUUACGUCCACGAAGAAAUGGGGUCAUCGACGUUGGCAAGCAAUGA